AUAUUCUCCGAUUCUGCCAAGGAUGCAAAGGAGGAAGGGUGCAUGCGUCAGCAGAUGACCACUCAGAAGAACACUUAUAUGCAGCAGCUCGCAGCAUCUGUUUUUGCAGGCGAUGAGGAUCUGAAGGUCAGGGAAUACUUUCAAGCACACCCUCUUGCUUUUCUACUAACAAGGUGUUUUAGGCUACGCAAAAAAUAUAACGAGAUCAAUCUACAACUUGGUCAGACGGGUGCUGGACUUUCAUUUGAGGAGCUCAAUGAGAAU